AUGCCAAGGCCUAUCCAGACCUUGUUCAUAUCCCGAGUCGCGCCGCACGGGGAGGUCAAGGGCUCGAAAGCCGGCAUCACAGAGCCCUCUCAACGUGUCGACACCGACACAGUCUCUGCUCGAGGAUUGCGGGCUUUUGCAGACGAAUUCGAAUCAGCGAGUCUUUACCACAGUUUCAGAUUUUGGGAGCAUCAUCCUUUUGUUCUUCCGAAAGCCGCCCUUCAGGAUAUUCUCACUGCUGAGACGCCAAGUGCUCAACAACUCAUUUCGGUUAUGCGAUACAUUGGUUCAUUCUACACCGAUCCACCAUCAAACCAAAACCAUCUUGUGGAUAUAAACACAGGGUCUUCUGAUGUGGUUGAUGGCUUUUCAGUCCAGGCAACUCUGCUCAUGGCUCUAGCAAAGAGCAUGUGCUCAGAGCAAGUGCCAUCUGAAGAGCUUCUGACAAAGGCAAUCCAACAAGCCAAGAGCAUCGGCAUGCACACCAAGAGUUUCGCAGAUGCCGUGGAGGCUUAUAAUCCCGUGCUUGCAGAAAGCUGGAGGCGCACGUGGUGGAUGAUAUAUGUCGUCGACUCCAACUUUUCUGUCAUCAGACGCGAUCAUAGGACGACUCUCAACAGCGCCGACUAUGAUGUUAGCCUUCCGUGUGAGGAUCAUGAAUAUUGUUUAAUGGAAAUACCUCGGGGAGCUGCUUCAUGGCAAGACUACUGCAACAGAGAAUUUGCUCUCGAAGACAAGAAUUUCUCCUCCUUCGCAUAUUUCAUCGACGCAAACGACAUUUUCGUUUCUUCAUUGAGAGCGUCUUACGAGUUUCAGGACAUUUCCGACGCAGAAAUUCUCUGCGACAACCUCGAGGCCACAAUAGCAGGGUGGUUCCUGAUGUUGCCAGCUACCAAGCGUGGGCUCUGUGUCAAGCCCGCGUCUGUAGAUCAGCUCAUGUUUCAGGCUUACAUGAUGAUGUACACAUCGAUCACUUACAUCCAUCGUCCACUUUCCACUCUGCGGUACAAUGUCGCUGAAGAUAUCUCCAGCUGCGGCUCACCUCCUCCGCCACUCGCCUCCGCAACGGGGGUUGGCAGUGCCUUGGAUGGCCGUACACAUUUGGAAAAGCUUCUAGAAGCUAUCCAGAAACAGAAUCAGUGCCUGAUAACUCUGCCCGUCGAGGCUGUUCAGAUCUCGCCCUUCACCAUCUGCAUGAUUGCGUGUUGCACCAUUGCACACCUAGUUGCCUGCAAGUCUGCGCUUGGGCCUCGAGAAGCUAAUGUGGCUCGAUCUCGCAUACGGGUUUGUAUUGGCACUCUCAGACACUACGAAGACGUCUGGCCACGGGCAAAGAAGAUCUUGCGUGAGCUCAAGUGCAUCGCCCAUCUCAUUAUGGAGGCCGUUGCAGUACCACAGUUACCAUUGACGGGCUGUGAGAUGUUGAUUGAGCAAGAAAGUAUAACAGUUGAUUUGUUGGAAGAAGAGUGGCUGCAUACUUUUGCGAGAGAUGAUGGCUUGUCGGUAUAA